AUGGAGUACUCUUACAUUCCAUCCGCAGCUCUUUACAACAAUGCUGAUAUUUUCCAAUUCUUCCCUCGGAACAAGCGUCUCAAUUCUCAUCAAAAGUCUCGCCUUGAUGAGCAUGCUCGGAAAAUGGCUGCUUUCAUGAUGGAGAGACAAGAAGAAUACCGCUACUACGAGAACUUGGCCAAUCAGGAACAGUUCUCCGAUGACAAUGGAAUGGAAUCAGGAUUCUGCAGUGGAGCCACUUCAACUGGACAAUCAGCUUCAACAUCUCCUGCUCCAGUUCAGCUCAUUCCAAACCCAUUCUUUGAUCCAGAAUAUGUUGCUGCCAAAACUCAGUCUCCAGUGAAGCUCGUCACCAACCCAUUCUUCAAUCCAGAGCUUGUCGAGGAAAUCAAGAAGAAGUCCCAGAAGAGAAACGAGAAGUCUGCUCCUGUUUCUGCCUAG